AUGACCAACUCAAAUGAUCAACUCGUCUGCGCAGGCCACUCAAUCUCAGUGGAAGCAUCCAAUAAGAUCCAAUUCUGGGGAGACCUUCUGCAAAUAAAACGUGUUGACGGCCAAGAUGCUGGAAGAUACGUGUGUCACGCAACGAAUCAGUACGGAGAAGAGCGAGCGGAGACGCAUCUCUCGGUCACCUCAAAGCUAAACGCCCGAAUCCAGCCAAGAAUUCAAGUAGUAAAUUCUGGUGAGUCAGCUACGAUGAAUUGCACUGUUGAGGGGUACCCAAUUGAGAGUGUCGAGUGGCUGCAUGAUGGCAUCCCGGUUCUAACAGCCCAAGAAACCAGGAUUCGGUUACCGGUACCCCUAGUUCUCGUCGUUGGUUCAGUUGGCAGAAGAGAUAAGGGAAUGUACCAGUGUUUAGUCAGAAGUGACAAAGAAAAUGCUCAAGCAACUGCUGAACUUAAAUUAGGUGAUACUGUACCAGAGCUGCAGUACACGUUCAUUGAACAGGCCCUCAGGCCUGGACCACCGGUUUCAUUAAGGUGCUCGGCAACUGGCUCACCACCACCAUCCUUCACGUGGUUAUUGGAUGGAGAGUCCCUGAGCGAACUCGCUCAUAGUCAUAGGUAUGCAAUAGGUCAAUAUGUCGAUCAAUCAGGCGACGUAAUAAGCCACUUGAAUAUCACCUCAGCUGAUGCAGAGGAUGGAGGUCUCUACGCUUGUGUAGCUCGAAACACCCUAGCGACAGUUGACCACAAAGCUCGCUUGAAUAUUUAUGGACCUCCCUACAUUCGUUCAAUAGGCCCUGUUCGAGCAAUUGCUGGGGUAGAUACCACGAUCGCAUGCCCUUACUCUGGUUACCCAAUAACAUCAGUGAAAUGGUCAAGAGGUGGCAUGGAACUACCAUUAGACAUGCGUCAUCGUGUUGAUAAUGAGGGCUAUCUGACAAUCACUACUGUCGAUCCAGAUGAUGCAGGAACCUACACGUGCACUGUGAGGGCCAGUACCGGAGAAACUGCCAGUCGAGACAUAAAACUCACAGUCAGCAGUCCACCAGUUAUGAGCCCAUUUGGAUUUCCUGCGAACUUACAGGAGGGCAGCAGAGCACAGGUUACUUGUAGCGUCACUUCUGGGGAUUUACCUAUUCAUUUUUCAUGGCUCAAGGAUGGGGAGCCUCUGCCAUCGUCGCUCCGGGAAGAUGAUUUUUAA